CUGAGCACUUCUUGGAGGAAAAUUGCAGGAAUUCCAGGAAAAUUGCCACUUCCCAAGAUGUUCAGAAAUGUUAAAAUGGUGUAAAGCCAUGAAGAAGAAGUACUGCACUGUGUGUACUGGCAAGUGCCACUACACUAAGCACACAAAGGAGGCCAAGAUGUACAUCCAGAAGACAAGGAAGGUGAUGAAAAUCAAUGAAGAGCUCAAAACAAAGUACGAGGAGGAAUAUCACGAGAAAGUGGAGCUGAAGAACCAAGUCGAAAGCGAGCUCGAUGCCCUGCAAGAGGAGAAGGCACAGCUGAUGGAGGAGGCCUACCAGAGCAUCCUCACCCUGGAGAGGAUCGCCCUCAAGAGCGACUCCCUCUCCACACUGCUCCAUUUGGACUUCAUUAUCGACAUCCUGAAGGAAGCAGGAAACUCAGAGAAAGUCCAGUCGCUACAGGAGCUGAAGACCACUGAAGAGGCCAACGACGCUGCCAUGGUCUACUUAAGGGUAGGCCUUGGAAGGACAGAGAGAAGUAGCCAAGUUACCAACCAGGUGGCCAACCAUGACACAAAUGCCCUAGAGACAAAACAGCAAGAGCAAGACAAGACUGGGAUUUAUGAGGCGCUGACCCAAAUGAAGGCAAAACCUUUUGAGACCAUCACAGCAGGUAAAAUGAAAGCCUUUGGGACCCUCACCCAAAGCAAACUCGACAAGAUUAUGGCAAGGAUGGACCAAGAACAACAAAAGUCCUUUAAAUAACAAUGCAAUGCAAUGCAAUGCAAACUGUAAUUUGUACAAUUUACAUCAGAUAGACAUACAAUUGCAAACCCUGAGUCACAGAGAGUGGUCAUGAAGAGCUGUUUCUGUUUUUCAUUUCCUUCCAUGUUGUCCUAAUGUUUUGAAACAGCUAGAGCUACUUGAGGCUUACUUAUCUAUGAUAUUUUUCACAUUCCAAUGACACAGAGAGAUGAUUCACCAUGAUAUUUUACACAGAAUAGACAAGUAGAAAUGGAAUGUGGACUGUAUAACUGAUCCUUUCUAUUAAACACAGAUAUUCAUAUUUCAUGUG